AAGUGGCUCUUUAUAAGAAUGAAACUAGAAACAACGUGUCAUCUUCAGAAGUGUCUUUGUGAGCUGACAAACUGUCGUCCUUCACAGAGAGCAACAUGUUUUGUAUGCUGUGGAUCGUCUUUCAGACAAUGGCUCUCCUGGUGGAAGCUGGAGGACAGUCUUCAGGUAGUGGCGAGGCUGGUGGUGGCAAUGGAGGAGUUGUGAAUGGAGGCAUGGUCGGUAACACUGUUAAACCAGGGGUUAUGAAUGGGCUUGUCUUAAAUGGGCAACCCUUUCUGGCACAGGUGAUACCAGUUGGUGGAUCAUUACUUAUUCAACAACCGGGUGCACUUGGUCAGGCCGCCAUGCCCCAGCUGGUUCCCAUUGGUGCACUUCAGCAGGGUGGGGCACUUCCUGUAGGGCAGGCGGGAGCAGCCAAUGGAGUGCCACUACAACAAGGACAGCUUCCUCAACUAGCCAAUAGGGUUGUACCAUUAUUUGCAGUUCUGCCACAGGAAAAUGGCAUCGGAGGCCCCCAGGCUCCAAUGUUGAUACAGAUUAUUCCUGUGGGUGGAGGAAACAACCUUCAGCAGCCAGCGGCUGGAGGGAAGGCAAGAAAAGCCAGAGUCAAGCAUUCAGUCCCUUUUCAUGGAAUGCCCACAUCAACAAGAACAGAUGCUCCACUGACCAAGGUGAUUGCUGGGGAGGUGGAAGAAUCCUCUGGCUCUGACACCAGUGAAUGCUGAAGUGAGGCUGAGCCUCUGAAACCUGGACAGCAUUCUAACUAGGGUUGCACAUUUCUGGUAACUGGGACUUCUGGAAAGUGUGAAAGUGACCAGAAUUUUGCAACCGAAAAUGAACUAUAUAAACUGUAAUACCAGAAUCUCAUGCGCCACUACAACUUGUGGUGUUGCCCUCUUGUUUGUCUCCCCCUCUUGCUUCAAAAUCUAUCUCUGAAUAAACGUUAUGAAAGAAAAGUGGAAUUCCAGUCUCCUUUGACCAAAGCUAAAACUAGAUUAACAGGCAUUGGUCUGACUGUAUCUCGACUGUGUGUCCAUUUCCAUGUUUAGUAACGGCGUUCCCGAUGUACUGGAAAUUAUGUUAUCACAGCUGAUGUCUUUGAAUAAAUUA